AGACGCACGACAAGCAAAAAUGGUGGAGGCCUAUGUCGGCAGGACUGGCAUGGCCGCUGCGUCUUCCUAUGCCCACUACCAGUCCAGAGGGUCGGGUGAGAAGGGGUUGGAAACGAUUGAGAUCGACCGCAGUAUGCCAGCCUCGGGUUGACAUGCCGAAUACAGAAGAGCGUCGGGAGAUCCUCGAAACGCAUAGGCGCAAGACGGCCAUCGCGCUCGCGCGCGACACGGAGGGCUUCUCGGGCGCGGACCUGCAAGCGCUCGUGUACAACGCGCACCUGGAAGUCAUUCACGAUACCAUCUCGUCGCACGCGAUCAACGGGACUGCGAACGGAGUUAACCACACGUCCGCGCAAGAUGAUUCAGAGCCUGUGGAGUACACCGUGCUUGGGAUGACUGACGAGGAACAGGCGCGCGUGCUCUCAAGGGCGGAGGAGUCUGCGUUCCAGAAGCGGUUGCAACAGAUAUUGAGGAAGCCGGGCGCGGCGAAAACUACGUUAGGCGGGUUGGGUGGAAAUGUUGGCAGGCCGAAACGUGAGAUCACGGAGGACCACCUACGCAGGGUGUUCAAGACAACGUGGCCAUCUAUCCCCCCAGCGGAACGCGUACGGCUGGAAAGGAUAUACCGUAUGUUCAUCUCGGAUCGGAGUGGCGAAUUGUCUCUUCCUCCGGAAGGGACAGAUGUGGGAAGCAGGAUGACACUUAAGUAGGUGUUGGUGGGUGUUUCCCAAGAUCCUCCGUGUAAUCUAGCGUCAAAAUCGAUUCGAAUUACGACCUAGGACGUUACUAGCGAUCGGU